AUGAGACGUUCAUUCUUGUUGCUGCCGGUGGCCGGCGUCGCCGCUGGUCUUAUCCGACGUGAAGACAAAGAAGAAUGCGGAUCAACAUACAAGCAUGUUGCUGUAAUCAGCGCAGACGGUCUACAUGCCAGCGACAUUGACAAAUACGUUGCCCUUGGCCCUUCCAACUUCUCCAUUCUUCUGUCACACGGCACCCAGUUCACAAAUGCUUGGACCUCAGCUCCAUCCGACUCCUUCCCAGGAACUCUAGCUCAGUUCACCGGAGCGUCUCCGAGGACGCAUGGCGUCUGGUACGAUGAUACGUAUGAUCGAACAUACUAUGCCCCAGGUUCCAACUGCAGCGGUCCUGCUGGUGCUGAAGUGGUGUAUGACGAGAGCAUUGACUACAAUGACACGCUGCUAUUCUCUGGAGGGAUCAAUCCAGAGAAUCUACCAAGAGCUAUUGUGGGAGGGAAGUGCACACCAAUCUAUCCCCACAAGCGUGUCAGAGUCAACACCGUGUUUGAAGUUGCAGUUGCUGCCGGUCUGAGGACUGCAUAUACCGACAAACAUCCUGCCUAUGACAUUGUUCGCGGUCCAUCUGGAACAGGCUUGACAACCGGUUAUUUCCCGGAGAUCAAUUGGGCUGGCAAUCCUACAGACAACGUCACGGCUUGCAUGAAGUAUGACCAGCUCCACGUCAAUGCCUGGUUGGGAUGGCUAGACGGCAAGAAUCAACCCAAUGCGGAGGGAGACAUUGGAGGCCAGAUUCCGGCGUUGUUCGGAGGAAACUUCCAAACCGUUUCGGUUGGCCAGAAGACCAAGGGUUACGUCGCUGGCAGUCUGGCAUUUUCGUCGGAUCUUAAGAAGGCCAUCGACUUUGUCGACGCUUCUAUCGGCCUUCUGAUUAACAAGCUGAAAGCCAAGGGCAUUUUUGACGACACGCUGAUCAUUGUGGCAUCGAAGCAUGGUCAAGCACCAAUCGACCCGACCCAGCUCAAGAAGAUUGACCCUAAGAACCUCACAAGCUUGAUUGGUGUCAAAACCGACCAUAUUACUACGGACGACGUUGCGCUUGUCUUUUUAAGCUCCGCCUCGGACCUGAACACGGCAGUCAAGAAUCUCAACGCGAACAAGGCUGCUCUUGCCAUCGACGACAUCAUUUACGGUCAGCGCUUGAUCGACCUCGGAUUCGGUGACCCUUCCAAGGAUCCAGCCGUGCCUGACAUCAUCAUCAAGCCUGUUCUCGGAGUCAUCUACACCACCUCCGCCACCAAGAUUGCGGAGCAUGGUGGUCUCUCUCAAGACGAUCGUCAUGUUGCUUGCAUCGUAAGCAACCCUAAGCUUGCCAAGAAGCAGGUCAACACGUACGUCGAGACAAAGCAGAUCGGACCAACUAUUCUGAAGGCUCUUGGACUCGACCCAAGCAAGCUGACUGGUGCCGUAUUGGAGAAGACAAAGCCCCUGGAUGGCUUCUAA